AAGUCCCAUCAAAGCUGGUUCCAAUGCGUGCCUUGCUGACUCCAAAGGUCCUGCUCAUAACAGCAAGCUAUGGCACCAUGGCACUGUUAUACAACGCACUUAACUCGAUUCUACUUCUUUUCUAUGCGACGCCGAUUGAACUCGGUGGUCUUUCCCUUGACCCUCCCCGCAUUGGCGCUAUAUUUGCGACAUCAGCUUUCUCCCAUGGGAUUUUCCAGCUACUUUUCUACACUCGCUUAUAUGAUCGCUUUGAUGCAUACGCCAUUAAUAUCGCUGGCCUGGGCUCCAUCAUUCCUGUGGUAGUUUUAUUAC